GGUUCCUGGGCAGUCCUUUCCCGCCCCCUUUGACUCGGAUGACGGGCUCCCAGGGUGACAUGUGUCCCUCACCGCCUCGGUCUUACGGGCAGCCCCGCCUGCGAGCCGACGCCGACCGCAUCUGAAAGGGGCGCCCGCCCGUUCGCACCGACGGCGGGAAUGGUCAGACUGCGAACAGCCGAGGGGGCAACAUAAACAACAGGCCACUCGGAAGGGAGGAGAGUAAAGCACCGAAACAGGGGCGGAUGAAAUGAAGAAGCUCCAGAGCAGAUACCUGAUCGUCAUCGGCGCGUACUCGCUGUUGCUGCUGACCAUUCCUUACAUGUUGGACUGCCACAACUCCUGGGCGGCCAGGGAACAGCACUUGGAGCGGGUCGUCCCAAAGGAGGUGGAAGACCCUCGUUCGACGCAAGGCGGCAACGCGAGCAGUUCGACCCCGAGGAUGGCGGUCAACAAGAAGCACCACGUGUACUUGCACGCCACCUGGAGAACGGGCUCCUCGUUCGCGGGAGAGCUCUUCAACCAGCACCCGGGGGUGUUCUACCUGUACGAGCCCAUGUGGCUGAUGUGGCAGGCCCUGUACCCGGGCGACGCCGAGAGCUUGCAGGGGGCGGUCAGGGACAUGCUGCGCUCCCUCUUCCAGUGCGACUUCUCCGUGCUGAAACUCUACUCGCCGCCCGGCCCCUCGGGCUCGUUGACCACCCGCACCAUCUUCGGCUGGAGGAACAACAAGGUCAUCUGCUCGGCGCCCCUGUGCAGCGCCUACAAGAAGGAGCGGGUGGAGCUGGUGGACGCGAGCGUCUGCGAGAAGCAGUGCGCGCCCAGGGACAUCCAGGAGCUGGAGAGCGAGUGCAGAAAGUACAACGUGAUGGUGAUCAAGGAUGUCAGGGUCUUGGACGCAGGUAUCCUGCUCCCCCUGAUGCAGGACCCGUCCCUGAACUUCAAGGUAGUUCAGCUGGUCAGAGAUCCCAGGGCAGUGCACAACUCCCGGAUGAAAUCGAAGCUGUCCCUAGUGAAGGAAAGCAUCCAGGUACUGAGGAGCAAGAAGAAAUUGGAAAAGGAUCAACGCCCAAUACCAAAUAGGGCGCAGAGGGCGGACACCUACGUGUCCAACGCCCUGGAGGUGAUUUGCGAGGCUUGGAGCCGAGACCAGACACUGGUCAAAAGGUCCCCAGCCUGGAUCAGUAGAAGGUAUCUCACCAUUCGCUACGAGGACCUGGUGCUCGAACCGGUGAAAGGGUUGAGGACACUCUACACCUUCGCCAAUCUCACGGUCACUCCCGCCACCGAGAAAUACGUGUUGAACAUGACACGGGGGAUAGGCUAUUCUUCGGACAAGCCCUUCCUGAUCUCUUCCAGGGACGCCAAGGAAGCCAUCGGUGCCUGGAAGAAAAGGCUGAGCUUGUGGCAGAUCGAGCAAGUGGAGCAGAAGUGUCAAAAGGCCAUGAAAUUGCUGGGCUACCAGUUAAAGAACCAGGACAACACUUAGACCCACCUGCCAGUUUAGUAUUCAGAAGUCGGACGAAGAUGCACCCAAGAGAAUUUGGGACAGUGAUCAAUUCUAUCCUCACAGCAACAGAUAAACUGACCCUCAUAAUUGGUGCCAUCCACUCACACUUCCCCUUUUCCGUCUUCCUGGAAUUACACACAGCGUUGCAUUUUCAAGAACAGAUAAAAAAGUUGCAACGAAUGUGGCUUAUAUGAAUUCUGAAAAAUCAAUUGAUAGAACACCAGAGAAGAGUUUUUUAAAAAUGUAACAGGGCACACAGUUAAAGGGAGUAUGGUUACACUCAGAGUUAGUUAGUGAGUAGAAAGUAAAUUGGUUUCCUGCAAAGAAGGAUGAGAUGUGUGAUGUUCUGCAAGCCUCUGUGUUGGGGUCAUCCCACUUUCACUUUUACCAAAUGAUCUGGAUUUACAACUUGAAAGGUUCAAUGUUUAUUUAGGAGAGGUUAUUGUAACACGUUUAUGAAACAUUCAAGGAGACAUGCGUUCAUAGGAUUAAGAAACAGGUGAAGUCAUGCAAUUUGCAAAGAUGUUGUAAUAUAUUUUGAAUGAAAAACUGGGGAACAGAAGUUCAUUCUAAAUGGUAAGAUUUGAUGUGGAAUAGAAGUUGCCAUCUUGGUUGUUAAAGGUAGCAGUACAAACAAAUAUAAUAAUAUAAAGGGGCAAAUGAUGCUUGGUCUCCUAUCUGGAAGCAUAGAAUAUGAAUGCAAGGAUGCAAGAAUGAACCGGCACACAACCAUCAUUAAGCUGUAGCUGGAAGACUGUGUGCAGUUUUGGAUAUUGAAUUAUAAUAAACAGAUCUGAGUUGUACAGGGAAAUGGGGUUAAAAUUUACUGGAUCUUUGAAGAGAAAUAUAGGGUUAAAUGCUGCAUUGCAAUUCUCAGGUUACCACACCAGGGAUGUAGAUGACAAUUGUGAAAAGACUUGGAAAGUUAGGCUUUUUUUUAACCAGAGCUGAGGAUUAGGGUUGACCUAAUUGGGAUUUCCAAUGUUACAAAACAUUAUCAUUAAUGUUUCUAAGCUAACAAGUGAUGACAGGAAAUGUGUUUAAGGAAAUUGCAAAAAGCAUUGAAUAGGAAGGAGGUAUGUGGAAAUCUCUACCAAAAGCACUUGUUGAAUGCAGUCCGUAACAUUUUUCUAAAAAAAAUAGAUAGGUACUUGAAAGAGAAGAUAUAAAAAAUUAAAGCGAUUGAACAGAAGAGGAGAGGCGGGAUUAGAGACAAGACUGCUAUGCAGACAAACACAAUGCAGACACGAAAACCUGAAUUCCUCUGCUGGGUUAUUCUUCCAUCUACCCAAGUAGUGGCUGAGAUCAGCUGACUCAGAAUGAACUGGGAUUGAACCUGAUGUACACUUCUACAGGUGACCACAUUCUUCGACUAUUCCACCCCAUAUGGCCACUAAUUCUCAUUGCAAAUAUAGAAUACACAUCUCAUUUUAUGAAGUCUAAUGUCCUGUAUAAUCCUUGGGUCCACUGGACAACACAUUAAAUGGAUGAGAUUACAAUCACCAGUUCUAAAACAAAGUGAAUUGCAUAUGGGAUUUGACUGAGGCCUGGCCACCAUAAUAACUUGGGCCUCUUACUACUAGCAUUUAACUGGAGUCCCAACAGCCACUCAAUUUACAGUACAUAUCUAAGAUUACUCUGUUGUUUGUAGCUGAACACAUUAAUUUGCCCAAUGAACUUUGGAGAUGUAGGAGUGAUUUCUGCAUUGCAAACCUCAGAUUUCCAAACCUGUUGCACUAUUUUUUACAGGGAGAAUAAGUUGCAGUCUUGUGUCUGCAAUUCACAGAACAUAGAACAAUACAGCACAGGAACAGGGCCUUCAGCCCAUCACAUCCAUGCCUGUCAUGAUGCCAAUCUAACUAAUUCCAUCUGCCAUGGUCCAUAUCCCUCUAUUCCCUGCCCAUUCUCAUAUCUGACUAAAUGCCUCUUAAGCUAUCAUAUCUGCUUUUACCAGCAUGUUCCACUCUUUGUAUAAAAAACUAGCCUUGCCUAUCUCCUUUGAGCUUUCUCCCUCUCACCUUAAAGCUAUGCCCUCUAGUAUUUGACAUUCCCACCUUGGGGAUAAAGGCUCUGACUAUCUAUGGCUCUCAUAAUUUUAUAAAUUUCUAUCAGGUCGACCCUCACCCUCUGAUGCUCCAGAGAAAACAAUCCAAGUUUGUCCAACCUCUCCUCAUAGCCAAUACACUCCAAUCCAGGCAACAAGUUUUAUCUGCUGCAACAUGACUUGCCAACUUCUAUACUUAAUGCCCUGACCGAUGAAGGCAAGCAGUUGUACACUUACUUUUCCACCCUAUCCACUUAUGUUGCCACUUUUAGUGAGCUACAGACUUGCACCCUAAGAUCCUUCUACAUCAAUGCUCAAAGGGGUCGUGCCAUUUGCUGUGUACUUUCCUCUUGCAUUUGACCUCCCAAAAUGCACCACCUCACAUUUGUCCAGAUUAAACUCCAUCUGCCAUUUCCCUGCCCAAGUUUCCACCUGAUCUACAUCCUACUGUGUCUUUUGACAACCUUCCACACUCUGCCAAUUCUCAUUGGAAGAGACCAAUAAUAAACAAGCAGAGUUAUUAUGUGAACGAAUAAUGAAAUCCUAUAAUAAAUUUGAGAACAAUCACUUUGGUCAUCUAGUUACGUACCUGCACAAUUUGCCUCAUGGGGAUAGGCUAUGGGGUAGAUUUGCAACUUGACAUUCAGAUGUGAAACUGUAGCAGAUAGACACUUGGGUGAGAAACCCCUCAAUUUUCCUUUGCAUUUUAACAGAAUGCAAGGAAAAUUUGGAUGUGUAGCCAAUCUGCAUUGACAAUUUUACCUGCAGUCAAAGGUAAAAUCAAACAGAAGGAUUGUCAUCUCUAGACUUGAAUCCAAGCAUGUACAGAUAGGAAAAAGUGACUGAAGAUUUUGAAGGAUCCUUAGACUCUCUUUGGUAUAUAUGAAAAAUUCAAACUCUCAAGAAAUGAGCUCAUCUGGGAUGAUUGUGAAGUUACAUUUGCACCCUAAGUAAGGCUUCUGUGGAGAAGGUGAGUACCAGUACACAACCCAAUUUUACACCAGUUCAGGUGGCAAAGGACUCAAUGGUAGAUCUAUAAGAUAAGAUAACAUAUAGGAGCAGAAUUAGGCCAUUUGGCCUAUCGAGUCUGCUCCGCCAUUCAAUUAUGGCUGAUUUUUUUUCAACCCCAUUCUCCUGUCUUCUCCCCGUAACCCUUAACCCCCUUACCAAUCAAGAACCUACAAAUCUCUGCCUUAAAUACACCCAAUGACUUGGUUUCCAAAGCCCUCUGUGGCAAUGAAUUCCACAGACUCACCACCCUCUGGCUGAAGAAAUUCCUCCUCAUCUCAGUUUUAAAGGGACGUCCCUUUAUUCUGAGGCUGUGCUCUCGGAUCCUAGACUCUCCAACCAAUAGAAACAUCCUCUCCACGUCUACUCCAUCCAGACCUUGCAUUAUCUGGUAGGUUGCAAUGAGAUCCCCUCAUCAACCUUCUGAACUCCACUGAGUACAGGCCCAGAGACAUUAAAGGCUCUUCAUAUAUUAAGACAGGAUGAAGGCAGUCAUCAGUUUAUGAGGAAUCUUACAAGUGUGUUAAAUUUAUUUGAGCAGCACCUGUAUUUCCUUCAGAGAAUCCUCAAUACAAGCUGGGAGAAUCUUAGCACUAAUGUUAGCAUCCUCACAGAAGCUAACAUCUUCACAGUUGAGGCCCUGAUCAUACAGCAUCAAAUGAGCUGGAACAGGGAUUGCGUGCAUUUACCUGAUGCGUGCUUACCAAAACAACUACUGAGAAAGCACACGGUGUGGGGGUGGGGGGCUAAAAGAAACACUAAGAAAACCCUCAAGAUAGACAUCAAGAGACAUGGCAUCACCAUUAACAAUGGGAGGCAGUUACCCAGAACAAGGCCGUCUGGCGAAGACUUGUCAGAGAAGGAACAACCAUCUUUGAGGGAAAUUAUUUUGCCCUGAUCACAGGUCAAUACCAAGAAAAAAAAGGCAAUGUCCUAACUGCAUUUUAAGAUUACCCAUAACAUCCGCCAACAUUUGUGUGGCUCCAGGAUCAGAUUCCUGGAUUACGUGAGGACCCAUGGAAAAACUUCAGUACAUAAUUAAUGUCAUUUUAAAGGCUUAUGGAAUCAGUCCCUACUGACUAUUAUUUAAUAAACACUGAACCAUAGAAACAAUUAGAUAAUAGUGAAACACCUACUAUGUCUCAUUCGAUAAACAACGAACCAAUAAAAAAUGUAGGGGAAACAAUCCAUUGCACAAGAUUUACGGCAGAAUAGCACUGUAAUACAACCUCCUUCAAGUUCAAGGUUAUUGUUGUCAUAGGCACACAUACCCAGGGUAUAAAUGCCAUGAACAUUAGCUCUUCGCAGCAGCAGCACAGUACAUUACAGAUAUGACAAACAUAAAUUACAUAAAUUUAAAUUAACAAAUUAUACAUAACUUACACGUGCAAAAGUAAAGAACAAAAUAAACAUAAAAACACUAGUACAAGAUUGAGAGAGAGAAAAAGAAAUAGUCUGAGGUAGUGUUUGGGUUUUCCAGGUCAGUUCAAGAACCUGACGGCAGCGGAAGAAGCUGUUGUUGAACCUUGUCCCACUCUAUUUACUUCAUCUCAUCUGAAGAACAUCCUUCUAUUCCUUUCUUUCUCACAUACUGAGCUAUAUUUCCCUUAAAUGCACUUAUACUAUUUGCCUCAGCCACUCCAUGAGGGCUUGACAUAUAGGUUAGCUAUUACAGCACCAGUGAUCCGGGUUCCAUGCUAUGUUGCUAUAUGGUUCAGUGCUAUGUUGGUGCCGGAAGCGUGGCGACUCUUGCGAGCUGCCCCCCAGAACACUAUGCAAAAAAUGCAUUUCACUGUGUUUCGAUGUACAUGUGA